AUGAGUGUCGUUGGAAUCGAUUUCGGAACCCUCAAGACCGUCAUUGCCAUCGCCCGAAACCGUGGCGUCGACGUUGUCACCAAUGAAGUCUCAAACCGCGCAACUCCUUCUUUGGUAGGAUUCGGACCUAAGUCUCGCUACCUCGGUGAGGCCGCCAAGACCCAAGAGAUCUCCAACCUCAAGAACACCGUCAGCUCUCUGAAGCGACUUGCUGGCCGAGCAUUCAACGAUACCGAUAUUGCGAUUGAGCAGCAAUAUGUUACCGCUCCUCUGGUCGAUGUUAACGGCCAGGUCGGUGCUGAGGUUAACUACCUUGGCAAGAAGGAGAAGUUCACAGCUACCCAGUUGGUUGGCAUGUACUUGAGCAAGAUCAAGCACACCGCCGGUGCCGAGCUCAAGCUACCUGUUCAAGAUGUUUGCAUGAGUGUCCCUCCUUGGUUCACUGAUGUCCAGCGCCGCGCUCUUAUCGAUGCUGCCGAGAUUGCUGGACUCCGUGUCCUGCGCCUCAUCAACGACGGCACUGCUGCCGCUCUUGGCUGGGGUAUCACAAAGCUCGACCUGCCCGCUCCUGAGGAGAAGCCUCGCCGAGUCUGCUUCGUCGAUAUCGGCCACAGCAGCUACACUGUCUCUAUCGUCGAGUUCAAGAAGGGUGAGCUCGCCGUCAAGGCUACUACAUGGGACAAGGACUUCGGUGGCCGAGACUUCGACCGCGCUCUCGUCGAGCACCUCGCCAAGGAGUUCAAGGGCAAGUACAAGGUCGACAUCAUGACUCACGGCCGUGCCCUCGCCCGUACCAUUGCCGCCGCCGAGAAGACCAAGAAGAUUCUGUCUGCCAACCAGCAGGCCCCUGUCAACAUCGAGUCGCUCAUGAACGAUAUCGACGCUUCCGCCAUGAUCAGCCGACAGGAGUUCGAGGCUAUGAUCGAGCCCCUUCUUGAGCGAACUCACGUUCCCCUCGAGGAGGCUCUUUCUCAGGCCAAGCUUACCAAGGACGACAUCGACGUUAUCGAGGUUGUUGGUGGUGGCUCUCGUGUCCCUGCUCUCAAGGAGCGCAUCCAGGCUUUCUUCGGUGGCAAGCCUCUGUCUUUCACUCUUAACGCCGACGAGGCUCUUGCCCGUGGUUCCGCUUUCAGCUGCGCCAUUCUUUCCCCCGUUUUCCGUGUCCGAGACUUCUCUGUCCAGGACAUCAUCAGCUACCCCAUCGAAUUUGGCUGGGAGAAGGCCCCCGAUAUUCCUGAUGAGGACACUAGCCUUACUGUCUUCAACAAGGGCAACGUUAUGCCCUCCACUAAGAUUCUCACAUUCUACCGAAAGCAGCCCUUCGAUCUCGAGGCGCGAUAUGCCCAGCCCGAGCUACUCCCUGGCAAGACCAACCCAUGGAUCGGCCGCUUCUCAGUCAAGAACGUCAAGGCUGAUGGUAAGGACGACUUCAUGAUCUGCAAGCUCAAGGCCCGCGUCAACAUUCACGGUGUCCUGAACGUCGAGACCGGCUACUAUGUCGAGGAGGAAGAGGUUGAGGAGGAAAUUGAGGACCCCGAUGUGAGUUUGCCUGCGCCGUCCAUGGCAUCUAGUUUUUCUGUUUGUUCUGAGGAUACGGCAACUGUAUCGUCAUCAUCCUCGUCUGUUGGAGAUGAUAGUCGUGCCUAUCCUGCGAAACGUCAGCGCGUCGACGAUGACACGCCCAACUUUUCUCGUUCUGCUACUGCUGUCGCUGAAGAUUUGGAACCUUCGAUUUAUGAACCCCGAUCGCUAACAAAACUUUUCCCGAAGGCCAUGGAAACCGAUAAGGAUGCCCCCAAGAAGACCCGCAAGGUCAAGAAGCAAGUCCGAAAGGGUGACCUGCCCAUCUCCACCGGCAGUGCUUCAUUGGACGAUUCCACCAAGGCCGCCCUCCUCGAGAAGGAGUCUGCCAUGGUCAUGGAAGAUAAGCUUGUCGCCGACACCGACGAGAAGAAGAACGAGCUCGAGGCCUACAUCUACGACCUCCGUGCCAAGCUCGACGAGCAGUACUCUGAGUUCGCCAGCGAUGAGGAGAAGGAGACUAUCAAGGCUAAGCUUGAGGCCACCGAGGACUGGCUGUACGAGGAGGGCGAGGAUACCACUAAGGGUGUGUACGUUGCCAAGAUCGACGAGAUUCGUGCCAUGGCUGGCCCCAUCGUUCAGCGCCACUUUGAGAAAGUCGAGUCCGAGCGACAAGCUGCUUUGGAGAAAGCCGAGGCCGAACGGGCUGCGAAGAAGGCUGAGGAGGAUGCUCGUAAGGCUGCAGAGGCCGAGAAGGCCAACCCCGACGCAGAGAUGAAGGAUGCCGAUGCUCCACAAGAGACUGAAGGCACAGCCGACCCCCAGUAA